GCAGAUGUGACCGGAUGAAAAGCUACUAUAUAACACGAGGUGGGUGAACUCGAGACAAGCCUCUCACAUGAAGGCUCCUUCAAGCAACACGGAGUAAAGGACUAGCAGAUUGGCAACUUACAAGAUGAUGUUUCUGGUGAUUUUGGCUCUGACAGGAGGUGCCCUUGCUACUGACCCUGAGUGCACGGGAACUGUCGCCGCUAACGGUCAGUCCGGUCGGUGCGUGUACGCAAGCAGCUGUCCAUACACCUACUACAUCUCACACAGGUGCCCCAGCUACGGAAAUAGCGUCAAGUGCUGCUACAACUGCCACCUGGGCGGAUGUUCCUACCCUCCUCCUCCUCCUGUCACACCGGAAACUACGUCACAAGCAACAGCUACAACAACCACAACCCCGACAACCACUACACCGACAACCACAAUCCCUACAACCACAAUCCCUACAACCACGACUCCGGCAACCACAACCGACAUCAGCACUACAACUAUCCCAAUUACAAAAACUACACCUGAAGAUGACCCCGACUGUGCGGACACCCAGGCAGCUAACGGUCAGUCCGGUCAGUGCGCGCACGUGGACAGCUGUCCCUUCGGCUUCUACGUCACCAACAAGUGUCCCGACUACGGAAGCGACAUCAAGUGUUGCUACAACUGUCACCUGGGAGGAUGUUCCCUCUCUGCUCCCACCACCACCUUAACUCCGGCAACAACCACAACAACCACAACCCCGACAACCACAACUGAUAAAACUACAACUAUUGAACCCGAAUGUGCGGACACCCAGGCAGCUAACGGUCAGUCCGGUCAGUGCGCGCAUGUGGACAGCUGUCCCUUCGGCUUUUACGUCACCAACAAGUGUCCCGACUACGGAAGCGACAUCAAGUGUUGCUACAACUGUCACCUGGGCGGGUGUUCCCUGUCAGCUCCCACCACUACCUUAAGUACGCCGUUUCUGUUGUUUUAAUGGAUCAGUUCAAUA